CUAUUUAUCGUCCCACCCUCAAUUAAUAAUUCGUCACUCACCACUUCAUGCUCACGGUAGUCCGCUGCAAGGCUACCACAAGCGCGUCUCACAGCUAUUCACAUAAACUCUACUCUACUACUAUUCCUAUCUCAAAUCUCCCACUUUCAAUAAUCUGCCGUCGCUAUAAAUGAUCAAUUAUCUUAUGCUAUCGGCAUUUCAACCUGCUUCAAAGGUGCUUAACUAGGUACCACCAUGUCUAUGAAGCAGGAGUUCAGUGCUCCCCGAAAGAAAGGGCUCACCACCUAUGGAAAAGCCGCUCGUAAAAGACAACCAAAGGCACUCAUUACUCCUAACGACUUCCCACCUAUACCAGAGGAUGAUUCCGUCUUAAAGCACAAAGCCACCGUAACUCGCCGCCGACCCACGCUACUCAGUUCCCCACUACGCGAUCCUUCCUCGCCGGCAUCUCGAGGUAUCGACGGAUCGGCUGACAUAAAGGCAAAAUCAGAUAGCUCACAGGAAAACAUACAAGCCUCUGAUCGGAAACGUAAGAUAUCCCAAGUGUAUGCGUCUAAGGGGCGAGCACAGGAAUCUUACCAGGCUGGCCAGCGCGAUGUCUCCCCUGAUCACGUACGACGUCGGCCGCACCCGUUUACUUCUAGUUCUUCUACUUCUACCGGUACCCGUCAAACAGCUCCCUCUACUUCACGACAACGCGCCCAUCCAGUUCCAUUAGAACCUAUGGAUACUGAUGCUGCCGAACCAAGACUAUCAAGCCCACCACCUACGCCAACGUUACUAAAGGGUUCGAGACAGUCUAAGACUGCAGGCAUUAGAGGUUCAGCAGGAUCGACUUCGGAUGCAACUAUAAUGGGGAAGACAAAGCAGGAUAUUAUGCAGAAGCGAAUACCCCUCCGCUUUGCCCGUGAAAGCAUUGCAAAACCGAAGGGGUCAAGUCUCCUUUUGGAUAGAGCAGACAAUGAAGUCCGAUCGAGCCCUCAACCAAUUCCAGAUAGUGGCACCAAGAAGCGCAGAAAGCGAAUAAUCGAUACACUAGUUGAACAAAAGAAGGAUGAUGAGGUCGAGACUGUUAAGGGGGGCUUAGAAAGUCGAGAAAUUUCAAGCCAACCAACUCUAAGUCGCCAGAUUAGUGACAUCUCAAUGGCAGACUCUCAAUCCUUGCCUCAAACCCCAAGCCGUAAACCCGCGACAGCGCAAGCAACCAGUACUAGAACUUUUACCCGCUCUAGUAGUGCGCUUAAGUUUACAUACGGCCAAAGUAGAAAAGUGCUAGAGGAGGAGGUUGAUUUACUAGAGAGCCUUGCUCUACCCGAGAUGUCGGCUCCUUUGAAAGGGAGGCGCCUGGAACUCGGAACCCCAAAGAAACCGGUCAGCACUAAGGGAAUCCUCGAUGAUGACGACGAUGCGCUUAACGGUUCGCCCAAUUCAAAGCUGCGGGACAUCCACGAAUUAAGACAGGCCGGGGCAAACUCUCGUGUGGCUGAUACGAUGCAAGACUUGAUCGACCAGAUUGGUUCUCCAAGUGACAAACCUUCAUCCUCUCGAAGAGCUGCACUGCUCCAGAUAGCGGAGAAAAUUAAAGAUAAGACAUUUAUGCGGCAAUGCCGCGAUCACGGUGUUGAGGCAGCAUUGCUGAAAGAUAUGGAUAGAGAGACAGAUAUUAUCUCUGGGUACCUGAUUUUAUCAAUACUCGUGACAAUACUUGCAAAAUGGCCUUCUUCGCAUACACAGCAGCUCGUCCGGCUUGGUAAACCUGCGAACAUGUUCGCCCUUCUCCUUGGUAAUACCAGGGAUAUCAAGGUAAUAGCGCGAGAUAGGAAGAGCAACUUAUCCAAGAGGAGCCAAACCUCUCUCAUUGCCGUUCAGACUACGCUAUGUGAGCUAUCCAUCUGGGGCGAGGCCAGCCCACCACGCAUCUCACCGAGAAGCCUUGCCCUUAAAUGUCUACACCUACUUAUCACGCAGAAUGUCAAUGCAGCUAAGGACCCUGCGGUCUUCUCUCCGGCUAUAACAGAGGUCCUAUUCACAGUACUCUCAGAAGCGGUUGAAAGCGCAGAGCAUUGGGACUAUCCCGGAACAGCGGAAGCGAUCGACCUUGCAAACACUCUAUCAAUUCUCGACUACUAUGCUGUCAGCCUUGAGGAACCACAGCGUUCGAGCGCUGACUGGACUACUCGAUACUUACCCAUUGUAGCUGACGUCUUCAGUGCUGCCUCGCGAAAUGUAAUACUAGAUGUUACAGCCCAAGAGAGUGAAAGCAAGCUGCUCGAGAGUGCUAUCCUGAAGCUCACUAUCAACUUGACGAAUAAUAGCCUAGAAGCACCGGAAAUAUUUGUAUCAAAAGGCCUAAUUCCUGCUUUGGCGAACUCGAUAACCAGCAGCUUCGCCCGCAUUUGGGCCUCUUUGUCCCAGGAUGCUUGGGUCGAUGGGAUCUUAGAUAGCCUAGUCCUACGGCUGGGAAUUCUGAUCAAUUUCUCGGAGCACAGUUCCCUCGUCAGGGAAGUCAUUGAUGAUUGCCACCAUGAUAAUCAACGGCCAGUCGACGAAUUGAUACGACUGUUCCUAGAGAACUAUCGGAGGACAGCAGAGGCCGAUUCAAUGGAGACUAGCCAUUUGAAUGUUGCCUUUGGAUACUUGUCCGUAUUGCUAGGUUAUCUAGCUCUGCAUCCGCCGGUGCGACAGAAGAUACGGUCGAACCACUCCACCAAGAGCAUUACGCCUCUACUUGAUUCUUUGCGCGAAUUCAUUACCCACUCCAAGAAGGUGGAGCAAAACAUAGGCGAAGACGACGAUGGCUCACGAGACCACAGUAGUUACAUGGAGCGACUUCAGGAUCUUGUACGCCAACUGGAAGAACAAUCAAUAUAUGAUUAAUCCGGAGUUGGCAGAUAUUGUCGAAGCAGGUUGGAUGCAUUGGAUGGUUUCCUCCAAAAGCAUGCCAUAUAUGCACUAUUUAC